AUGUCCGAAGAUGGUAGCUCAAAUAACAGCAACAAUGAUCUUAAUGCCCAACUUACAAACCUUUUCAAAACAACCCUCAAUAACCAGAAUCAAACCACAAAACAGAGUCUAUCCGAUAGCUUGAAGAUUAGCCUCAAGCUUAACAGCCAAAAUUACGCCCUUUGGGCUCGGAUGAUCCAAGUUGCGAUCGGGGGAAAAUCCAAAAGUUUGUUAAGCCAUCUUUCUGGUGUUCCAGCACCACCAGAUCCAUUAGACGACCAGUACGAGCAAUGGGAACAAGAUGAUUUAAUUGUGUUCUCAUGGCUAAUACAAAAUAUUGAACCUGCACUCGCUAGCAACCUCACCGAGUUUCCCACGGCAAAAACCCUAUGGGAUGCCUUAGUGGUUACGUACAGUAGCAGGAAGGAUAAGUUACAAACCUUCGACCUUCACGUCAAAGCAAAUGAAAUCAAGCAGAAUGGGUCUCCUCUUGAAGAUUUUUGGAUAACCCUGGAAGGCAUAUGGGAGGGGGCCUACGCGGCUGUUCGGAAAGAAAUGGAUCACCAAGGAAUCCUUGGAGCCACCACUGAAAACUCACUGCCUGGAGUAGCGGUCGGCCUUGUCGUCGGCGGUGGUUCAUACGAUUCCGGUGGGUCACAAGAUGCUGGUGGGAUAGGGCUGGUCACGAAGGGGCAACACCGCAGAUCCGACUCCUCUGGGAAACCUCCAUCUCGAAUGGAUAAAUCAAAACUAAAGUGA